CAGACUGUGGGGUUUCCACGAACGCAUUAUCAUUCUAUUUCACGUGUGAUAUUGUUCCAGAUCUCAGAUCUGCUUUUACAUCAUCUUCUCAUCCUGUAUUGAUUUUGUCCCUACCUGACCUAUUCCCGACCCUUUCGAUAAUGGACUCCCCCGCCAUCCCGGUCCCGCUGGAUCCGCGGGAGCAGCCCAUCCUCGAACGCCUGCUUCGGACCCGCGACUCUCUCCUGCUCCUCAAACAAGACAAGUCGUCCUACAUUAAGUCUCGCGAUGUCCUUCCUCUAUACGAGGAGGUUAUUGGAGAAGUGGAGAAGCUCAAUGCAGCUCGUAAAGAGCAAGACCGCCGCUUGAUCCAUAACCGAUUGGACUAUGUGUUGGAUGAUUGUUUCCAGUUGAUUUCCUUGCUCUUUUUAACUGUGGGCAAGAAUAAUGAGGCCCCGGCAGUGUACUCGCUAGCAACUACCAUCCAGCGUCUGCUUGACCACCUUGAAGAAGCUGGGUUUUACAGCUCUAAAGAUUUGAAUUCAAUCACGAAGACCCUCGAAUCGAUGCGGGAAACUCUCGAGCGCGGCCGCAAUACAUACUCACCAGCUCUUCUGACCCUCCUUGAAAGUCGAUUAGAACAAUGCCAGAUUUCCCUGGACAGAUUGCAGAAAGGACUUGCGGCCUUGGCCCCACCCUUGGCCCAGACCCACGAGACCCUGGUUUCCAUCCUGCGCUCCACGUCUGCAGUUAACACCCGCUCGAAGUUCUCGGCUACGGAAGUAAACGGCCUUCGAGAUCAAUUGAAAAAGAUCGAGAGCCAGAUGAAGGAUGGGAACUUUGUGGAUUCCGAGGGUAACAUUCUUCCUGGCCAGGAUGAUGUCAAAUCACUGAUGGAGCGAUGCUGGCGGUGGACGGAGAUUGUUCUUGAGCGGCAAGGCAAAGUCUUGGAGCGCUUCCAGGACCAAUAUGAGCGUCUGCUUGAAAUUCGCAACCAGCUAGACCGACUGUCAGUCACGCAGGCCUGGUCGCUUCGAGAGACAGACCUCUUCGGAUACCAGCGCAAACUCGAUCGAAUUGAUGAGGCCCGCGUCAAUGGCAACUUUGUUGACGCUGAAGGGCAACCUGCUGAUCUCCACGCGCAGAGGACCCUGCUGUACCUUAUUCGAAGAAGCUAUGCAUACAUCUACGCCCUUCUGAUCUCUUCAGAGCCCGUGUCCGAGGCUUUGCUACCGGUCUACAACCAACUGCAGACCCUUCGUCGCUGUCUAAUCGAGGUCAAAGAGUCUGGCGGCGUGUCAAACUCGAGAGAGCUGUACCCAUACAGCAUGAAGCUCAAUUCAAUCGACAACAUGCGCGUUGAUGGAAAGUUCUAUGUUGGCCCCGACAUUCCUGAGGGCCAAGGAAGUGUGAACGCCCUGCUCGCAGAAUGCUAUGAUUUCGUCUGGGAACUGCGGGCCGCCGUGGCAGAUGAUGAAAGCCAGUCCUAAUGACUGCCUCGACCGCCUUGUUUAUUUCUUCAUUUCCAUUAUGUGUUGUUCCUACCCAUCUGUAUGAUGGAUUGGCCAUCUAUGAAAUGCCCCGGAUGCUUUGCCACUGUACUUUUUGGGCUUGACCUAAUGACUUUUCCUUUCUUGUAUUCACGAGGCGUUUAAUAUGUGGCAGUCUUGAAAUCGAUUUUGCUACUGGUACUACUUACGGAGGGAGGGCUGGU